UGUGCCAUCGCUCUUGAACUAACCAAAGAUAAAUAUUCUCGUAAAAAAUUUGAUGAACUAUUUGGUACGAAUUGUAUACAAUGUAGCAAAGAUCGUGGACCUAUCAAUACGAUACAAUGCAACAAUAAUCACGUUUUACGAAAGCCUUCUAACGUGGACGCAUGUGUAAUACAGUAAGGAAUUAUUUCAAAUGAUCAUGAAAUCAUUCGUCCGAUGAUAGAUGAUAUGUAAUGCCUUUUAUUAUCAACAAAAGCUCCACCAAGCGUCAUAAAAAUAAAUCACAAGAAAAAAAAGAAGUAACGCAUCGUAUGGAUGUCAAAAGAAAAAUUAGAAAGAAAUUAAUCAAUUCUCAUCGUUUGGCAUCGAAUUCGAAACCCGUGAAACCGAAUUUGUUGAAUUCCGUGUCAUUUCCGUAUUUACAUACAAAUAAUAAUGGAUAUGUAAUAAAUGGGAUGCCAAUUCUACCAUGCAAGGUUUGUUGUCGUGUAAAAAAUCGGUGUGAGUGUGCGAAAACUAAUGAAAAUGUACCUACAUUUGACGUGACCAUCCAUAAUUGUUCCUGUCCAAAUUUGAAUUGUCAAGGACAACAACAACAACAUUAUAAUGGAUCACCCAUACGAUUAUCUUACUAUUCGAUGACCUUCGAUCCGUGUCAACAAAUGCCAAUAUCUAAUAUAAAUAAUAUACCACACAUAUCUAAUAUACCGAAAGUAUUUAAAAAUAAUAUACCUAACAUACCUAACAUAUCUAAUAUACCUAAUAUACCUAAUAUACCUAAUAUACCUAAUAUGACUAACAUAUCUAAUGUGCCUAAUAUUUGGAAGGAUUACACGCAAUAUUACAAACAAAUACCAGCUAAUUUCAAGAGAAAACGAUAUUUUCCGAGGAAACUAAAGGGACGACGAAAUUAUUUGUAAUAAUAGAUAAUAAUAUAUAUUUUAUGUAGUGUCAUUGAUAUAUCUCUUU